UAUACAAAAAAUUAAAAUGUCCUCGCGAGUUUUCAGGAAAUUACAGGGAGAUUCACAGUUAGAUAUYCAKGAAGAUGUUGAAGAAGACGAAUUUAAUAUUGUUCCAACCAAAGGAAAAAAGAAACAACACAUUGUGAACCCUUUUGAUUUGCUGAAUGACGGAGAUGGUAAAUCAAGUGAUGAAGCAGAAGAAAAUAGUGGAAGUGAAGAAAARARAGAAAKGGAAAUAAAAAAUCAGACACCAAAUGAAACAAAUAUUGGAAGUAAAAAGAGAAAAAAGAGGAAGAAGAAAGGWAACAAGAGAGAGCAACAGGACACCAGUAAGAAAGAAGAGGAUAUUGAUGCUACAAUUCGUGAAGUCAAUGAAAUGUUAGGAAUCACAAUARCCAACACAKCCAUCUCAGAUAACUCAACAUCAUCAGAAAACACAGUAUCUGUACUUGAUACAAAAGCAUUGCUUGGUGUUGAAAAUAGGAACCUCAAUGCUGAGAAUGAAAUGAAGAAAAGAUUUGGUUCAAAUACUGUAAGAAGUGAAAACAGGCAAAGACGAACUCACAGACGCAUUUAUCAGCGCUCAACAUGGUUGGUGAGUCCAAAGGAAACAUGGCCAAAUACAUCCAAAUCAGGACUUAGCAUGACAUUAGUGAAGACUAUAAAUGGGUAUAACUAUUUUACCUUUGAGCAUUCCCAGGCCUACCAGCAGAUACAAUUUAUGUUUCUAGAUGCCGUUGAAUCUCUUGAUCCUAACAAUAUAUCAGCAAUAUUACAUUCCCAUCCAUUUCACAUUGAUUCACUUUUACAACUGAGUGAAAUCUGUAAAAUGGGAGAAGACUAUCAAAUGGCAGCUGACCUUGUAGAAAGAGCACUGUAUUGCUGUGAGUGCAGUUUUCAUACUUUAUUCAGCCUUUCACAAGGUACUUCAAGAUUGGACUACAAAAGAGCUGAAAACAGAUCUUUUUUCAUUGCACUGUUUCGUCAUCUGGUGUUUGUUGGACAGCGAGGCUGCCAUCGUACUGCCUUGGAACUAUGUAAACUCUUAUUAAGUCUUGAUCCUGAUAACGACCCAUUAUGYGUUCUUCUUAUGAUUGAUUUCUAUGCUCUGACGUCAGACCAGAAUUCUUAUCUUGUUCGCAUGUAUGAUGAAUGGGAGAGUCACAGAAACUUAUCCCAGCUGCCAAACUUUGCCUUUUCUGUUGCCUUGGCAUUAUUUCACAUGARCAAAAACAAUGGAAACCUAAGCCGAGCUGACCAAAUGUUACAAGAUGCAUUGAUAAUGUUUCCUGCAGUGUUAAUACCAUUACUUGAUAAAUGCAGUGUUGCUCUGGAUUCUGUGCUUGCUAAGCACAAGUUUUUUAGUGAUGCUAGAGCAAGUACAUCCAUUGCACUCAACCAGCUGGUUAUGUUGUAUGUYGGCCGUUCACAUCAUGUAUGGAAAGAUCCACAGGUAAUUGAUUGGCUUGUUAGCAAUGUCAAGGUCGUUCUUGAAAGAGUGGAUAAGAAAGAUCCAUAUGUUGAAGACUGUGCUAAAAAAAGAGCCAUUAGGUAUCAAGGGACACCAAGAGCUAUUUAUAGACACAUUAUCAUGUCUGAUAUCAAAGAUGGUACUGCCUCACUGCCAAUGAAUUUACAGGACACUCCUCUUAUGUCUUACGAUCCCCUCCCCCCUCAGGACUCAGUGUCUGGAUAUACAAGACCUGAAAGACAGAGAAUGCACACUGAAGAUCACAGUCCUUUAUCACUGUUUUUCCGAUCUCUUUUACCAUCAUUCAAUCCACAGGCCCCCAAUGAUGAUCAAGAGUAUCGACAUCUGCAGAGACAGGUAGCCCAAGAAGUGGAAGGUGCAGAAGGAGGACCAAUCAGAGGAUCUGAUAUUUCACAAAGUGUAGAGACCCUCAUGACAGCAAUGAGACAACUGCUGACUAGUAUAAGCUUCAGAGGAGAGCCUGAGAAUGAUGGACCACAGCAAGAGGAACAGGACUGGGAAGAGAAUGAAGAUAACAGACAAGAAUAGUUUUGGUCCAUGACAGAAAAAAUUAAUUUUGAAAAUGUUGCACAGAAUUUUUAUCGAAAAUAAAGUAAAAAAGACUUAA